AUGUCAGCAAGUCUACCAUCGCAUAAUAUAAAAAAAGGUCUAUCCUUACCUUUAAGCUCAGCGGACCCAGAAAGCCAAAGAACCUCACACAGGAGGGGCCGCUGCCUGGAUUACUGCCUUGUGAUCUCUCUUGUGGUGCUGACCAUGGCGGUAGGAUCACUAUGUGCCCUGUAUUUUGUUUGGGAGAAACCCAGUCUGGGCUAUCAAAUAAGGGAAAUCAAAGACCCACAGAAAAGCAGUGCUCAUCUUGUGGCUAAAAAUGUUCUCUUACAAAACACAACCAUGGAAUGGAAUCCUAAAGGAGUUGGAGAUAUGUUAGUCGGAACCGGUUUUAAGGACGCUCCUGAAGAGUUAAAGGUUACCAGAUCCGGCCUUUAUUACAUCUACUCCCAGAUGAAGUUGAGAUGUGUAGACAUAGAUGAAUGCAAAAAGACAGGAUCCGUGUCCGUCACUGUACUGAAAAAUGGAAAUAAGGAUGAACCUCUCCUGGAGCUCAAUGUCCAAAUCUCGGAAUCAUCCAAGAAUGUCAUCCCUACUUCUUUCUCCGGGCGUUUAAAAUAUCUGUCUAGUGGUGAUCGCCUGAGCUCCCAUCUCUGGACUGACCAGGAACAUGAAGAUUGGCAUUUGGAUGCGAAGGAAAACAACUUUCUAGGACUCUUCUGGGUCAGUGACAUAAGUGGUAUGGGACUCUCCCAUUGA